CACAAGCAGUUGGGAUAAUACAAGCUUGCAGGAACUACUCGAGAUGGGAUAUAAGAACUGGAUUUUCCCAUUUACAUUGGCUAUAUUGGGAGACUGUCUUGCAGAAGGUAAAAACACUGAAUCCUUUUUUGCUAUGGAUGCUAAAAAAUCCUGGCUUGCGUAUUCUAGAAAGUGCUUUUUCACUUUGUAGAGGUAGUUGCAAUUAGUAUGUUUCAAUAAAUGCCCACAAAUCAAAAUGAACUGAUUCAAUAUACUUUAAAAAGUAUAAAAUCUGUAUGUUCUCUUCCCUAUUUUGUAAUUUAAAAUAACAAAAAUCUACCCUUAUAAUAAUGUGGGCCAAUGUAUAUAUGCAUAUAUACCAUUCCAGUAUACCAGUCUUCCCCAAGUUGGUGCCUUCCAAAUGCUUUAUGCUACAACUGCCUUCCAACUAGCCUAGCUGUUGCUAUGGAAGUCAAAAGCACCAGACCUUGAAAUGUAUGUUUUGGGGGAAUUGGUGGAGAGCAUUACUGAAUGAAAAUUACCAAGCAUAUAGAUGGCUUGCUGGAGAUGUUUUGCAUGGCUUCUGCAAAGGUAAGGUUUUUUAUUUAAAAAACAUGAUUAGUUUUACAAAAGGUAACGUUGAAGAGGCAGGCACCAAGUGCAAAAAUACAAACCCUGCUGACUGAAAGUCCAGAGGUAGCAUUAUUAUCAAUUUACGGUGGGUUGGAAGGUGCACAGGCUAUGAUGGACUUGCUCACAAAUUUAUUGACAGCUACACAAAUUAUUAUAGCUAGGAAGUAGAAGGGGCAAGCAGAAUAUAAAAUGGACGAAUGGUAUAAAGAGGUGUGGGAUAUAGUUAUUAACGAUACAUUAACAUGUGCCAUUAAGGUAAGACGGAAUAUGCAGGAGAAGUGAUUUUGAGGAGAUACGGAGGGUUUUUGUAGAAUUUGUACUGUUAAAGUGGAAAGGGGUCAAACUUGCAAGCGGUGUUGAAAAUUUGGGAGGUUGGAUAGUUACAAUGGAAUGGUCUUGGUGGUGGGGUGCACACUUUUAUUCUUAUUUAUGGUUAUUUGUCAAGAUAAAACAAAUUUUUAAAUAAAUAAAUGCAAACUCCAAAUAAAAAGAAACACCUCGUUCCCUUCACACAAAGGUAAAGUUGUGAGUCAAACCUUUUUGCGAUGAGAGUGUCAAUAAGCAUGCGGCUGAAGGGUGAUCCAGUUGAGAGUACAGUGGUACCUCGGGUUACAGAUGCUUCAGGUUGCAAAUGCUUCAGGUUACAGACUCCGCUAACCCAGAAAUAGUACCUUGGGUUAAGAACUUUGCUUCAGGAUGAGAACAGAAAUCGCGCCGCGGCGGCACGGCAGCAGCAGGAGGCCUCAUUAGCUAAGAAUAGGUUAAGAACAGUUUCAGGUUAAAAACGGACCUCCGGAACAAAUUAAGUACGUAACCAGAGGUACCACUGUAUGUGCUUGGAUUUUCAAAAAAUCCAACCAGCAUCUCUUAGAAUGGCAGUGGUGCCCAUCUGAGAGGUGCCGGAAUUGAGUCCUGGUGAGUUCUAACUGUAAAAAGCCCUCGUUCUGCCUGACUGGAAGGUGUUGAUACUUUUAACACCAGAAACAUUAUAAUUAAAAAAAGCUGACAUCUAUGCAGGACACAUAAUCUAAAUAAAAUGCGUCAGCCACACUACUACUGAAAUAGGCACAUUUCAACCAAACAAUUGGAUAAAGUGGGCUUCCUUGGAGUGGGCUUUUCAAAAAAGGGCUCUUUUCUCAGUGGCUGCCUGCUGAAUUUCAGAUCGCUCCCCUUUGCAGUUAGGGGUACCUGAACUGAAUUUGACUCCAGGUUGUUUCUUAAAGUGUGUUUGUACGCUGAAUAAUUAACACCUCCCACUGAACAUUUUUUCUAGGCAGGCUUUGUGACUUACCGAGCAUAAAAAAUGGAAAUAUUGCCCCAUAUUACUAUAGUUUUAAAAACUAUUACUUUCCAAUGAAGCAAGAUGAGAAGCUUUCCUAUUUCUGUUUGCCUGGCUAUACCACAGAAAGUGGAAGUCAAAAUGGAAAGAUCAACUGCACAAUGAGAGGCUGGGCCCCAGUCCCUAAAUGCUACCGUAAGUCAAUGUGAUUUGCCUUUCCAAAUAUAACAGAUUUUUUUGCAUGUAGCAGAGGUGGGGAACCGAUGCCUCUUGGACCAAUUUUGACCCAUAAGGCUAUAUCCCCCUAGCCACUCCCACCUGUGUUAAUCUGCUCAAUGUCACUCGAUGUCAUAUGCACAUACCUGUGUGUUCUCUGUGGGGAAUGUUCCAACAAAGCAGAUCCCUGCAGAGAGCAGGUUUGAACCCUCUGCUCAUCAGCUGGUGAGAGGGAAGUCUUGGCGGGUAGGUUGCUCCAUGCGCACACACCAUUUUGUGCAUGCAAAGUAGCAGCUUCCAUUGAAAUCCCCUUAUGGAAAAGUCCACUGUGCAAAUCCUCAGCUCCACAUCAGCAAAGGAUUUCUGAAUAUAGUGUCAGGGACUGUGCUGAGGAGGAAUGGUGAGAGCCUUCCCCUGCUCCUUCUCAGGAUCCUGAAUCUUCCCAGGAGCAGGAGGACAGUAUAGAUUUGGAGCAGUGGUUUGCAGAGGAGCAUAGUUCAGAAGGCAGAAGCUGGGAAGAACUGGGUGGUGAACAGCUAGGAGAAGAAGAACUUGGGAGGGAGAGAACAGACUCCCUUUUGCUGGAAAGUGUUCAGCCGCUCAGCCCAAGAUCAAGGAGAACAGAUAAGGUGGCAGCACAGAAAGCACAGUGGUUGCGAGAUCAGGUUGCAAGACACAGAAGUAACUUGAAUGACAAGGGGGGAAGUGGGUGGAAUCCUUAAUUGGGAGCACCUUCAUUCCUAGAAAUGGAUUCUUUGUUCUCUCACUAUGAUCAUUAACAUUUCUAACUGGUAAGAGACUCCUUUUGCUUUGUUCUGCUUAGCUACUGCCAAAGGGGGGGGGGGGAGAAAUGAAGGCUAAGAAGAGAGGUGCUCAAAGGUGAAAAAAAGUUACAUUUUUAAGUAGAGCUACAGUGCACUUCAGAGGGACACAGGUGGAGCUGUGGGUUUAACCACUGAGCCUAGGGCUUGCCGAUCAGAAGGUCGGCGGUUCGAAUCCCUGCAACGGGGUGAGCUCCCGUUGCUUGGUCCCUGCUCUUGCCAACCUAGCAGUUCAAAAGCACAUCAAAGUGCAAGUAGAUAAAUAGGUACAGCUCCGGCAGGAAGGUAAACGGCAUUUCCGUGCGCUGCUCUGGUUCGCCAGAAGUGGCUUAGUCAUGCUGGGCACAUGACCCGGAAGCUGUACGCAGACUCCCUCGUCCAAUAAAGCGAGAUGAGCGCCGCAACCCCAGAGUCGGCUACGACUGGACCAAAUAGUCAGGGGUCCCUUUACCUUUUACAGUACACUUCAUCUUCUCGUCUCCUAUACUAUAUGAUGCCCUGCUUGUGGCACCCAAUCAUCCUGGAUACUAGGGUUGGCCCACCCAUGAGGUCAAGGGGGGGACUACCUCAGAUGGCAGGGUUCACCAAGGAAGCAGAUCCCAAUGUCAAUCGUUCUUCCUUCCUUGUCCCUGAUGUAGAUUUUCCCUCACCCCUUCUUUGAAUGAUGCCAUUUGGGGGUCCACUUCUGGUGCCCAAACGUAUUGGGCCAGUCCUGCUGGGUACUGUAGCUUAUGGAGCUAUUGGCAUGUUAAGAUGAGUGCCUCCAAGUCAUUUCCAUCAAUACAAAUUCUCUGCCACCUAGAUGUGUUAAUGAAGGGAUCGCCUAAUGCUUUCUCCAUCUUUUCAUUCAACACAUCUGAUUGUUUAGAGAAAUGUACCAAACCCGCCUUGGAGAAUGGUGUUUUCUCGGAUACGAAAAUGUCCUACAAAAUCUGGGAGAGACUGCAAUACAGUUGUAAUUCAGGUUAUCAGAUUCCUGGAGGUCCCAGGGAUAAAACUAUACAGUGUCUUGAAGGUGGAUGGUCAGCUCAGCCACAGUGUACAGAAACAACAGGUAUGGCUUUAGAUAAUAUUUCCCCUCCCACCCCACCUGAAGAGUUGUUCCUAAGGUUGAAAGCUAUGUUCUCACCUGAUGUAUUAGGUGAUCAUCCAGCAGAGAUAAUUUCAUGGGAAUUCUUUUUUUUUUUACCUUGGAUAAGGAAUCUUGUUUUUGUAUGGCUAUUUCAAGUGAAUUUGUGGAUGGGCACAAAACUAGUCUAGAACAAAACACUUUGGAAGCAGAAUUCUCAAGAAAAGCCUUUUAGCUCUUGAAUUUUCUUGGAGGGGAGCAGAACGGCUUACAAAGAUGAGUCAUUUGAUAGCCCAGGCUUGCAAUAAAAAAAAUACAUCGCACAAAAGGAAAAGAGGUUGGAAGGGAGGAGGGAAGAAAAAGUAAACCCAGGCACUAAUUCUUAGUUACAGAGUUCUUAUAAAUGACCAGCUGGAAUCAGUACCAUUCAAGGAGAGAAGGGAAAAUAGCUGCUGUUUGCACAUCCGAGCUAAGUAACUGCAGCCUGGUGCAGUGGCAUUUUCUAGAUGACCAAUUGCUGGAAGGAAGAAUCUGACAGGGUUUGCUUCCCCUUGUUGCACCUGUGCAAUACAACUAAACUGGAAAGACAUUUAAAAUUAACAUUUUGUAAAAUGUGCUUCUUAAAUUGGUGGUGUUUGUAGGGGGCUGGGGCCUCAAACUGGGUAUUUACAGCAGCCAGGAUGUUUUCCAGCAUCAUUGCGUCCAGUAUUACUAUUUUUUUUUGCAUCACUGGGCUAGCUUGCCAGUAGAGGGAGCUGCCAGCCUGCUCUUUUCCCUGCAUUGUCAGCAAAACCAAGUGAGUGUCUAUAGCAAUCUCCACUAGAAAUAUGGCACAGAAAACAGGGGCAUGUUCACUGCUGUAUAUACCGUAUUUUUUGCACCAUAGGACACACUUUUUCCCUCCUAAAAAGCAAGGGAAAAUGUGUGUGCGUCCUAUGGAGCGAAUGCAGGGGGGAGGCAGGCGGGAAAAGCCCCCAAGAGCUGCACACAAGCUUCGUGCGCUCUUGCGGGCUUUUCCCCAGGAGAGAGAAGGGACUGACUGGCUGCAUCAGUCCCUUCUCCCACCUCCCAGAAAAGCCAGGAGAAGCCGCGCAGCCUCUUUAAAGAGCUGGCGGCUUCUGCCGGUUUUGCGGGAGGUGGGGGAACCCCCCCCCACCUCCCAGAAAAGCCACACUUUGACCACUGGAAAGUCCACCUCAGCCUCCCCAGAUUUCCACUGAGACGGCCAGGCUAAUCUCGAUGGCCAUAAAUCAGGCUCAGCAUUAUUAACCGGACUUAGAUAAGCCAUGGUUCCCCUUCCUACCCUCCUCUGAGGCUCAAUUUAAAGCAGCAAAGCGGACAGGAGCCGCCCGCUUUGCUGCUUUAAAUAGUUUAGUGCAACAUUUGAUUCAGAAUAUUUUUGUGUCUGUUUUCCUCCUCUAAAAACUAGGUGCGCCCUAUGGUCAGGUGCGCCCUAUGGUGUGAAAAAUACGGAAAUUGAUAAGGUCAUAAAAGCGAUAGUCCCUUUUAAAUGAAUUCGCUUUGCAAAAGGAGCUGUCCCGAAAAAGCAAGGGAUCUUUUUUGUUUGUUUGUUUCAUAUGGUGAUUGCAACAAAGGUUAGGGGACACAAGAGACCGCAAAUUGACAGAAAUGUCUCAAUUUAAGACUGUAGUUCGAUGUACACUUUGGCUGGAUCUAGUCACAUCAAAGAAGCGUUUCAGUUUAAAACGCUGUAAAUUUAAACAGGGAAAACAGGUAGAGACAAACGGGACUCCACGUCCACUGUCUAGUGGUACAAUGUAUAUCGCACAUAUAAAUCGCUUUUUCUUUACCAGUCUAGCUGAGUCCUUUCUUACUUGGCAGUAAGUCCCAUUGAACUCAAUAGUUUUGGCUAAACAUGCAUAGGAGGAAGUUUAGAUUUAUAUCUCUCUGGUCCUUCCAAAGGAGCCAAGGAGGGAAUGGGAACGUAAUGCAUAUGAGUGGUUGGUUUAAAUGAUACAAUCUGACAAUUACGAAUAAAUUUACUUGAUUUAGCCACACAGUUUUGGGGAGCUAAUGGCAAUGUGUUUUUAUACUGCAUUUCCACCCAGUUGGGAGUCAUUUACUUUGAGCUGAUGUUAAAUUUAUGUUGUUCACCAAUAUGAACUAACACAAGUAGGAUUGCACCUUGCCCUCUACAGCCACAAAUGGAGGCUUUGAGAAUCAAUCUGAGAUCAGCUGAGACCAAGCUGAGAUCAUAUUGCACCUGUUUUGUUUGUCUGCACACUCACCUGCCAGUUAUACUUUGCUCCCAGAUCAUUCAUGGCCUCAAAAAAAGAACCCAAAAUAAAUCCACGAAAUGUUUUGAUUUUGUAUGCCUGCAAUUAUUCACUAUCCCACCCCCCGCUUCCUUUCUUAUUUCCAAUGUCCAUCUGGCGGCUCUGCCAUUUCAUGCUGAAGACAUCAAUCCACUUCUUGUUUUUAAGAGAUGUGCUCAGCACCAGACCUGGUACAUGGCCGCUACCACACAGCCCAGAGAACGUUCAGCCGGAAGGAAAAGCUCAAAUAUGAAUGUGAUGACGGAUAUCGUACGGCGGGAGGCCACACAAUGGAAGAAGCACAUUGUGAACCUCAAGGCUGGUCCCUGACUCCUAAAUGCACCAGUAUGUUGAAUUUCCAAUGCUUCUUCUGCGACUGUCUUGGCUUUGCCUUGUACAACAUUUGCUUGGGCUAAAGCAAAAGUUCAGGCAAAGGACCUGGCAUUUUCAAAAAUGGAAAAUGGAAGCCUUGCUCUUUUUCAUUCUUGCAUUUCUUAGAAUUGGGAUGUUCGGCACUGAGUCCUGUCGAACACGGAGGUGUUGAUCCCAACAAGGGAAGCUACGAAGAAGGAAAUGUGGUUCAGUUCUUCUGCUUGGAAGGUUAUUCAUUAAAGGGGUCAGAAUUAAUUCAGUGCUAUUACUUUGGCUGGUACCCAGAACCUCCAGUUUGUGAAGGUAAUUCAUCAUGACAUUGGAGCUAGGGGUUUUCUGUAUUCUGCAAAGCAGCUUCCCCCCCCUUUUAAUCUCUGUCCCCCCCCCCAUAAUAUCAGUACCACAGCCAAUGAUUUUUCUUUUAUAUAUGUUGAAAAAUGGGAAGAAUAAGCUGAAUCAUCUGAUGAAAAGUCUUUGAAUGUUUACAUGUCUUUAUGUAGCAGGGUUGUUUGGUUUUUGAACUGCUUAUUCUUCUGAAAAUGGAUGAAUUUAAUUUUCUGCUAUUUGAAAGCAGGUUUGGCAUCCUUUCUCCAUUUUUGCUGUUUGAGGAGAAGGAGUGAUAGCUGCCUUUUAUUGAUUUGCUGAAUUUAACAGAAGAGGAAUGUGUACAAAUAAACCCUGAUUUUGUAAGCUGUUUUACCCUGAUCUAUGUUUAGAGCAUAGCUGUCAACUUUUCCCUUUUCUUGUGAGGAAUCCUAUUCGGAAUAAGGGAAUUUCCCUUAAAAAAGGGAAACAUUGACAGCUGUGGUUUAGAGACAUGAGAAAUCCUUCGCCCGGCUACUCGUAAGUAGCUAUUCUUACUGGGGAGGAGAGUUACUCUUCCAAACAUACAAUUCUGGGAUUUCUAAAGGAUUGUAUGAUGUUAUAAAACCUAACCUGAUUCUUUCCCCUCCGCCCAUUUUUAACCAGAAAGAAGAAACAAGUGUCCUCCUCCACCUCAGCCCCCUCAUGCCAAUGUGCUAACCAGUUUAAGAACCUUCCGCCACGGAGACACAUUGCGUUUGGAGUGUGAGCAUCCCUUUCAGAUUGCAGGAGAUGAAGAAAUCCGAUGUGAGAAUGGCAGGUGGACUUUGCCUCCCAAAUGCAUCGGUCAGUUGUCUUGCGAAACCGGACACUGGGGAUUUAAAAGAUCCUUACGUUUUGGAAGGUUGUCAAUUUAGAGCUUUUGAGAAUGGACCUAGAAUUGGAGCCUCUCCCUUGGCACACACUCUGGAGAGCCAGUGUGGUGUAGUGGUUAUGAGCGGUGGACUCGUAAUCUGGUGAACCGGGUUCGCGUCUCCGCUCCUCCACAUGCAGCUGCUUGGUGACCUUGGGCUAGUCACACUUCUCUGAAGUCCCUCAGCCUCACUCACCUCACAGAGUGUUUGUUGUGGGAGAGGAAGGGAAAGGAGAAUGUUAGCCGCUUUGAGACUCCUUCAGGGGAGUGAAAGGCGGGAUAUCAAGUCCAAACUCCUCUUCCUCCUCCUCUUGGCCCUAAAUUAUGCAGUGGACCAACAACAGGUGAAGCUAGAGCCAAUGAUAAGCGGAACCCACCCGAUGACGGGUUGUGAGGAAGAAGGCAGGCAGAUGGGGGCAGGAUGAGGGCAAACAGGACAAUUCAGCUGUGCCACAUUUGCCUUGAAGGAGCAGCCUUUACAGUCCUAUUAGGGAUUGGCAAACAUGCCUGUUUGGGUCCCUAUCACUCUCACAACUUUUUACCCGUAACUCUGUUCCGUUUGUGCUGUAAUCUUCCCAACAUUUUAAUGCAUAUUUAAACAUGCAUUUUCAAAAUACACAGUUCGAUGCAUUCUUAACUAAAGGAGCUAAUAACCACCAGUAUCACCUCUCUUUUCAAACCAGCCUAAGGUCCAAUUUGUGGAUAAGAAAGUGUUUUGUUUUGUUUUCAGAUGGCACAAAAAAACCCUCAAGCCAGUUAAAUAAGCAUAUCUUGGAUACCCUUCACAUUCAUCAACAGCUGAGAGAAUGCCUAUUUUUAUCAAAAGGCUAAAUUAAUUCAUGAAUAUCAAAUGCUAAGGGUCUUUCUGUAUGAACUACGGAACUAUUGAUAAACCAGAAUUUAUUACUAUUGUUGUUAUUAUGUAUUUAUUUAUGCCCUGCCUUUUUUCCUAACAGGGAGUCAAGGAAGCUUACAGAUAAAAAUAAGAACAGCUAAAAACAUAGGGAAAAACAAUUAAACAUUGAUAGAAUUUAAACUAUAUAUACAUAAAAAACAUAUUAACAACAACAACAAAACUAAAGGAGCUACAUUCUAACAUUCAAAAAAGUACAAAAUCUAGUGGAUAGCUAAAUGCCAAUCAGCACAUUAGGCCAAGAGGUGCAGAUGAGACAAUGCCAUGUAGGAAUUCACAAAUAUCAGAAUUGCCCUCUUUCCAUGACAAGGAGUUUGACCAGCACCCAGGAAGUUUGUUGUGGGUGAAUUCUGAAAUUUCUCCACUGUCUCUCAGAACCUCACACAACUUAAUCUUAAUGCUCGUUCAACAUGACAAAGUGGAAACUGCAAAGAUGCAGAAGGAAAUUGAAAUUGAGAGUGUCAUUUGUAUGAUUAUUUGAUAAACCGCAUGGAUGCCAAUGAAAAGACUUCUGUUUCCAUUGCUUUUUUAUUUUUCAGAUGUUGGCAGGACAGGAAGCACAGAAGGUCGUCAUGGCUUACAAACUGAAGGGAGCUGCAGUUCCCUACCCAUAGUUGAAAACAGUUUUAUUUUUAAUAACAUCAAUCCUUCACUGGCAAGCUACAAAACUGGUUCUGUAGUGGAAUACAGAUGUAAACCCUUCCAUCUGAUAGAAGGACCUAACACAAUUCGCUGUGUCCAAGGAAACUGGACAACCCCCCCAGUUUGUUUAGGUAAGUACUGGAGGAGAAUGUAGAAAUUACUACAAGGUGCUCUCUGUGGGGCUACCUUUGAAGGUGACUCAGAAACUACAACUAAUCCCGAAAGCGGCUGCCAGACCGGUGACUGGGAGAGGCUGCUGGGACCAUAUAACCAGUGCUUUUUUUCUAAAAAAAAUGUUUACAGUAGAGGUACUCUCAUUUUGACACAAGAAAACCACCAUUUUAUAGUUCAAAUCGGUGUACAAUAUAUGGACAAACAUACAAAGAUUCACAAAAUGUUUAGGGGUAUGCGUACCCCUACGUCCCCCCCCCCCCCGAAAAAAGCACUGCAUAAAACACCAGUCUUAAAGGAUCUAAAUUGGCUCCCAGUACGUUUCCAAGCAGAAUUCAAAGCCUUGGUGCUGACCUUAUAAAGCCCUAAACAGCUUUGGCCUUGUAUACCCCAAGGAGCAUCAUUCAGCCCAGAUACUGAGAUCCAGCGAUUCCCUCACUGCGAAAAGUGAGGUUGCAGGGAACCCAGCAGAGGGUCUUUUCGGUAGUGGCGCCCACCUUGUGGAACGCCCUCCCUUCAGAUGUCAAGGAAAUAAACAACUAUCUGACUUUUAGAAGACAUCUGAAGGCAACCCUGUUUAGGGAAGUUUUUGACGUUUGAUGUCUUACUGUGCUUUUUAUUUAUUGUAAGCCGUGCAGUCAGGCAUGAUUGUGUCAGUGUCUCUAGGGUGGAACAGUAUGAGAAAAGCAGAUCAUAUUCACUAGCAGCUCAGGAUACCCCCCCCCCCCAGUAUCAACAUUCUGGGUGAGGUAGGCUUUUAUGUGAGGGAAUAAUUGGAUGCCAGUUAUUCUGUUCUUUGUUCCAGAUAUAAGCCACUUGAUUAUUGAUCUUUGCCCUGCAGAACCAUGUUUGGUCAAUGAAGAAAACAUCAGAAAUCACAACGUAGCAAUGAAAUGGAACCUGGAAGAAGAAUUAUAUUUCCUACACGGAGACAUUAUUGAAUUGGUGUGCAAGCCAGGAUACGUUUUGCCACCGUCGACUGGCGAUGCUCAGUUGCUGGCGCAGUGCAAUCGGGGAGAAUUAAAAUAUCCCAAAUGUGUUUCAAAAGGUAACACUACAUUGAAUUCCACCCAUUAUGUUUGAUCUGCAGUUUUGUGCUCUGUCAAUUUGAAUCCUAUUUGCACAACACUCUUCCUCAGAGAAGCUCAGAAUGGCACAACUGGGUUUUACUUUCCUAACGAACCCCUGUGUGGUAGAUUGGUAUGAUACAUAGUGAUUUCUAUAAGGUGCACCUGUAAACUUCGCUGAAAAGGGCAUUUCAAUCCAGAUUUCACUAGUCCAAGUCUCAGUGCAUUUCCCAUUAUACCAGGGAUGGCUAAUCUACAGCACUCAGUCUGCUCCACAAUACAUUUUUUUGUGGCUCCCCCAAAUCUCCCUCAAAGUAUCUGUCUAUAUUUAUCUAUAUGACUGUUCCCAUCUGUUCUCUGCUGUAAUAUUCUGAUGCCUAAACAUUUUCAUAUCCUCUAAGCCACUCCAAAUUUGUCUAUUUUAGUUAGUUAGGUGUUUUUUAAUGAAUCUAAAAUUAUUUUUUAAAAAAGAGAGAGAGAGAUACGGAUUGCUCUCAUACACACCACUUCCCAUUUUUUUUAUUUUCUUUAAAAAUAUUGGUUAUUUUUAAAAUAAAAAAUGUAUUUAUUUAUUCUACUGACCUCUCCUCUGAGAUGCCAAUAUGUUUUUGUGCCUCCCCAGCCCCUAAACGUUUUUUUUUUUUUAAAAAGGAAAAUUGGCCACUGCAACUUUGUCAUACAGAGCCCAGACGGUUGACAAUUGGUCAGUGCAGCCCUUGACUACAAAGGCUUGGCAACAUUCCAUGAUAUGAUUCUGCCUCGUUUCUUAUUAAACCUGACCAAGAGAGGAAUUUUCUUUGCUGCUUUGCCCGGGAAAAUCUGCUGUUUAGCACUGAAUCGGAACAAACAGCAAUCGGACACACACAUUCCAAGAUGUCUCCAAGAGUGUUCCUUCAAAACUGGCUUGUGAAGAGAAGGCUGGCGCCACAAAUUGGUCCUGCAAACUAUUUUCUUAGGGUCACUUUCUCUCUUCUGUAAACACAUUGCUCUCAUUUUGCAGAACCAGACGAAAGCUGUGGCUCUCCACCUUCCAUAAAAAAUGGAGUCGUCAUGGGCUUGUUGACAGCGGACUAUGCUCAUGGUUCAUCAGUAGAGUAUAGUUGCCAUGAAUACCAUUUUUUGCAAGGUUCGAGGAAGGUGUCCUGUUCCAUGGGUCAUUGGACUACCCCACCAACUUGCAUAGGUACUGUGCAAUGUUGCUAUUUCCCCCCCAGCAUAGUGACAACUUGGAAAAUGCCUUAUUAACUUGAUUCAUUGCCCACUGCUUCUGUCUGGUGUUGCUCAACUAAUAAACGCUGGGAAAAGCCAGCAUUACUUGAUGUAAGGCUUUAUAGAAGGGGACGGCUCAUAGCUCAGGGAGGAGAGCAUGCAGAAAGUAACUUAUUGAUUGCUGUUGACUAAAAAGGUAAAAGGUAAAGGACCCCUGGACGGUUAAGUCCAGUCAAAGGUGGCUAUGGGGUUCAUAGAAUCAUAGAAUCAUGAUUGAUUGGUUGGCAGGAGCUGGGACAGAGCAAUGGGAGCUCACUGUCGCGGGGAUUCGAACUGCUGACCUUCUGAUCGGCAAGCCCAAGAGGCUCAGUGGUUUAGACCACAGUGCCACCCGCAUUCCUCUUGUUGACUAAAACCACAACUGACCACUCUAAUGAAUGUUGUAGUACAUAGAUCAUAAAAAACAGCAAACAUUUCUAAUUAAACUCAUGCUAUGAGAAUAUUAACACUGCAUUCAUUUUUCAAGAGCCGUGCACCUUAUCAGCAGAAGAGAUGGCAAAGAAUCACUUGGAUCUAAGAUGGAGUUUUGACAAUCGACCGUAUUUCCUCCAUGGAGAAUUUGUUGAAUUUGUGUGCAAAGCGUACUACUUCAGCUCACCUUCAAGUUCAGCAUCUGAUUUUAGAGCACAGUGUCAGAAUGGACAACUGUUGUAUCCACAAUGUGUACGGAUUAGGGGGUAAGCAAUUGAUGCCGCAAUUGUGUAACGCUGCCUUGGGAGUAAGCCCCCACCGAACUCUGUGAAACUUACUUUUGAGUAUACCUACUUAGGAUUGUACGAUAAACGACCUGUGAAGCAUGGAAGAAAUUCAUUCAUGCAUAUUUCAAACUUAUUAUACCAGGAAAUAUAUUUGGAAAAGUAUAUUUGGAAAGUGUAUGUUAGCUUAGAAACCUUGUAUUUGAAGUGCUAGAUCUUCAUUUGUAGAAAGGAUUCAACUUGGGGGUUCAUUCAAGACAUACAAUCUUUCAAGUGCCUAACUUGAGUACUAUCUGUGAGGAUGGAAUUGCUGCUUAUAAAUUUUCCCUAGCCUUUUUUUCUUAAGGGUUAGUGGAGCAAAAUGGCUCUCCCUGUUGCAUCUUUAUGCCUCAAAUCAAGUUUUGUUGGUAAUAGCUGUUGUUGUUUACCAUGUCUCUAAUUUGAGUGACUUCAGGGUAAUUUGGUUUGGUUUUUUUUUUUUUAGGUAAAAGAGAGCUGAAUAAAUAAUGUUUGGUUGGCUCGUGGACUCUUUUCCAUGUUGCAAGCUAAUUGCCAAUAUGAACUUUGUAUAUCUAACUUUGUUAGUUAUGCAAAUAACUAACAAGAUCAAACAAAUUGGCCUAAACCCUGAAAAUAUUUUUACUGGAACUCUGAACAAGGCAAAAGCUACUAUCACUCGGAGACUUUAUGAUAUCGAAUUACAACAAGAAGGCGCCCUACUCCCAGAGACGUAUAGAUGUUUAAAAGCUUGGCCUAAUUUUGUAGCUGCCCCUUACUUAACUAACAUCACUAACGAAACCUAUAGAUGGGCUUUCUCUAGAGCCCGCUUUGAGACAAUCCCCUCAGCAGUGCUGUACGGCAAAUUCACGCGAGUUCCAAUGCAUGCGCGUCUCUGCCCUUGUAUGUCUAAUAAGGUAGAAUCUGUCACACACAUUCUUCUAUCUUGUGAAUUCUAUAGUGAAGAACGAGCUCAACUUAUUUUACCGCUUCUAUCAAAAUUUAUACCCCUUCAAUAUUAUUUGGAAUCCUCCCCUGAAAUUCUUCGAAAACACCUCCUGGAAGAUUCCUCAAGCUCAGUAUCAUAUGAGGUGGCUAAAUUUUGCACUUUAGUAAUUAAGAAGCGUAAAUCUCUUCUGUUGAAUGGCACACUGUGAAGUCCUCUUGUGUAACCUUUUUUCUUUUCUGAAGUUGUUGCUGAUUUCUUGUUGUCUGAUCUUGUGGUGUUUACUGUCACUGGCUUAGGCCGCAAUAAACUUGAUUUGAACUUUGUAUAUCUGCUAUAUAUUUGCACAAGACUUAUCAAGAUAGCUGCUGACCUCAACUUAAGACCAUCAUUUGGAGACGUUCAUAAGACACCUAUAAUUUUAUCAGGACAAGUUACUUCUUGUUUAUUGUUGUAACAAUUGUUUUCUCAAAAUUUAUCUUCUGUACCAUGAGAAUAAAUAAAAACUGUAUUAAAAAAA